GCUCAAGCUUUAGAAGCUCCAGGUACUUUGUCGGGUGCACGCAAGUUUUUGGACCCACCUGCGGUUUGCUUUUUGGACCCAUAUUUACAAACCUCCGCCAUGCUAUUGUUUGGCCGGCCGACAAGCUCCAAUACACAAAAGGUCCUAUGGACAUUAUGUGAGAUUCCAUCCAGGCCCUCGUUCGAGUUGGUGUUGGCCAGCGCGCGCUUGGGUGCAGAUUCCAACCUGCUGUGCGACAGCACUGGGGCCAAGCCGUAUGGAGUAGUUGACACGGUUUCUUGGACAAACUGUGAUUGAAUGCAUAUGUUUCGCUUAUCAGAAAAUGGCUUCCAGUGGCACCUGGUGCCAACUUGCUUGCAUGACACUGCGAUGCCCCAGUGUUUUACAGGAGGAGUACCGGCGACUGAAUCCAACACGCUUGGUUCCUUGCUUGGUGGAUGGCUCCCUGGCGGUGUGGGAGUCGCAUUCCAUUGUGCGCUACUUGGCCCAGAAGUAUGCGCCUGAACUACAUUUGGGCACUGUGGAAGGCAUGGCAAGGUGCUCGCCCUGGAUGGACUGGCUCCUCUUCUCGCAAUUUCAUGAAUGCAAUCAUCAUUUUAUCGACCAAACUGCGCGAACUCUUCCGGCCGACCGUGAUGUGGGAUUGAUGGCGCGCAGCUACGAGGGCUACGUGGAGAAGUUGCAGAAGGUGGAAGAACAGAUUGGUGAAACUGAUGCCUACGUCACCGGCAGGGACUUCUCAAUAGCAGACAUUGUGAUCGGGGCGGAGUUGUGCCGAUUUAGCUGUGGCAUGACGCGUUGGGCACGGGAGCCGCGCGGCUUCCCAACCUUGGUUCAGCUACCAAACCUGGAGCGAUACUUCAGGAGACUGCAGGACAGGCCUGCAUUUCACACGGGCUGCUUGCAGCAUGAGCGUCAACAUCAGCUGCUUGAGCCAUUGGCAGAAGGCGAAUACCAACUAUUGCUGCCAAAAGACACUGCGGCAUGA